CAGGGUAACGUCAACAACGUCAUCAUUGCGUGCCCCACAUCGACGAGCGAGCGACGAAGGGUCGGCAUAGUCCACUGCACAGCAAGCUAUAUUUUUGCUAAUUUCAUCCAGAAAUAACGACAAAUAAACCAGAUUGCGGUCGUUUGAAUGUUUCUAUAAGGUAUCGCUUUCUGUCUCUGAGGUCCAGCAGUGAAGCCGGUUGCCAUGACGUCUCCAGGGGGACAAGGAGGAGGAGCUCUGUCGACGAGAGGAGGCAGCGGGGCCAGGAGGAUGAAGUGGGCUCUGGAGCUGAGCUUGGGCAACACCAGGAGUCGUGGCGGCGGUCAGGGCGACGUCGUUCACCCCAUCGGCUACUCUGAGAAACCCGUCCCCGACACCAGCAUCCAGGAGACGGACAAGAACCUGGUGGAGAAGCGUUGUUGGGACGUGGCUCUGGGGCCCCUGAAACAGAUCCCCAUGAACCUGUUCAUCAUGUACAUGUCGGGCAACACAAUCUCCAUCUUCCCCAUCAUGAUGGUCUGCAUGAUGGCCUGGAGGCCCAUACAGGCGCUCAUGUCCAUGUCUGCCACCUUCAAGCUGUUGGAGAGCUCCAGUCAGCAGUGGCUUCAGGGUCUGGUCUACCUGGUCGGCAACCUGCUGGGCUCGGCGUUGGCCAUCUACAAGUGUCAGUCAAUGGGACUGCUUCCAACACACUCUUCUGAUUGGCUGGCUUUCAUAGGACCGCCUCAGAGGAUGGAGAUCAUGGGUGGAGGGAUGGUGUUGUGAAAAGGACGGAGCGUGCACAUACCAGAUUUAGAUAUUUACAGAUGUUAUAUACUGUCCAUUCUAGCCUAUUAAAGCUCUUAACCACGACAGAUUGAACCCCUUGUAGUGGCAGUUACAAGACAUUUAUUUUGUUUGCCUUUCUUUGACAGAAACAUAAAUAUUUCAUUACUUUAUCCUGCUGCUGUGCUUCAUGUUUUACACCUCUUUUGUUCCUCAUCCAUCUGUUAAUAAAGGGUUAAAAGCGA